GUUCGAUCCUGGCCUCUACCGGAGACGACGGAACCGUGCGACUCUGGAGAGCCAAUUUCCUCAACGUCUGGCAUCCUGUCUCCGUGGUGACACCCGGUGGGAGUGCAGCCCCCGAGAUCGGUCUCCCGAUCCCGCCACCCCUGUUUGCAGCAGCUGCGACUGUAGUCAGCGAACAGUCCCAGUCCUCGCUGCUCGGCGUUAGUCGCGGCAUCCCCCUGGACGGCAGCAAUCCGGUGAAGCAGGUUUCCUCAGAGACCUCAGUCUCCACACUGGGAUCCGGCAUUCAAUCCGGUAUGUCAUUUACUUUCCUUCCUGCUUUCCCUUUAUACGCGUACCUCGCGCUUUUUCUUUUGGAUUAA